CCCAGAUGACUGAAGUACUCUCCGCAUACCACACAGUGACAGUGCUAAUUGUCCAGCAUACAGUGAAAGUCAAGAAGCAUGUUAGGGAUACAGAUUUUAGCUUUUAUAUUUUGUUUUGGUGGAAUAGGAGCUGUUAUUGCUGCCACUGCAUCAAAUGAGUGGAAAGUAACUAGCAGAGCAACAUCAGUUAUCACUGCAACUUGGGUUUUCCAGGGUCUUUGGAUGAACUGCGCAGGAAAUGCACUGGGCGCUUUUCAUUGCAGACCUCAUUUUACCAUCUUCAGACUAGAAGGUUAUAUCCAGGCCUGCAGAGGACUCAUGAUUGCUGCUGUCAGCCUUGGAUUCUUUGGCUCCAUAUUUGCACUGGUUGGGAUGAAGUGUACGAAAGUUGGAGGCUCAGAUCAGACUAAAGCUAAAGUCGCUUGUUUAGCUGGGAUGAUUUUCAUACUUUCUGGGUUGUGCUCUAUGACUGGUUGCUCCCUGUAUGCGAACAGAAUUACAUCUGAAUUCUUUGAUCCUACUUUUAUUGCACAAAAGUAUGAAUUAGGAGCAGCUUUAUUCAUUGGAUGGGCUGGAGCAUCACUUUGCAUAAUUGGUGGCAGUAUAUUCUGCUUCUCAAUAGCUGGAAACAGUAAAUCCCCAAGAAUGGGGUACACAUACAAUGGAGCCACAUCUGUGAUGUCUUCUAGGACAAAGGUCCACAAUAGUGCAGCAGAUUUUAAAUCACCAAAAGGCCCUCCAAAGCACUUUGACAAGAAUGCUUAUGUUUAAUUGUACUGUUCUAAGAUACAAAGCCAGUUUUCAAAUCAAUCAGUUUGUACAGUUCAGUCACAGAGUGAUUUCCAGAUGAGUACCAGCAUAAUCACCACCAGGACAAUGAAUUUUUAAAAUAUUAACUUGCAGCAUUUUACAUAUUGAUGUAAAUUUUCUUAUACAAUAUUUUAAGAUUUAUGUUGGUGUUAUAUAUAAAUUAUGUAUCUAUAAAUCACUUGCUGUUUUUGCUUUCUACAAAAAAUAAAUAGGAUAUUUACAGAUAA